AUGGAUCAGCCUUCAUCCGCGACACUACCUUACACGGUCAUGCACUUUCUCAAUCACAUCCAGGCUUGGGCUGUGGGUUUCUACUACACAGGAGCCUGGCUGUUCAGUCUAUGCACUCUACGAAAAGCACGAUUGGUAUCUCAAAAGAGACGGCGAAGCAUUUUGAUCUCGAUGCUCACAGUCCUGGGCGCGUACAUGGUGGAGGUCGUCUACCACUCCACUCGGCCGGCCAGCGAUCGUGCUGGCGGCUACAACUCGAAAGUUGGCGAACGCGGCGUUCGUCUCUCGGGUGGCCAACUCCAACGCAUAGCUAUUGCCCGCGUGCUGCUCAAGAGUCCCAAGAUUGUCAUGCUCGACGAGGCCACAUCCGCAAUCGACUCCUCGACCGAAGCGCGCAUCCAGCAAGCCUUCAGCCAGUUGAGCCAGGGCCGCACUACCUUCGUCAUCGCGCAUCGCCUGAGUACGAUUGUAGACGCGGAUCAGAUUCUAGUGGUCGACAAGGGUGAGAUCAUCGAGAGGGGGACACAUCAGGAGUUGCUGGAGAACCAGGGUAGCAAGUAUGCGGAGCUUUGGUCGAAGCAGACUGCGGGGCUUGUGCCCAAAACGCCAUCCAAGGAAGACGCCGACAAGGAUGGGGAGAUAGGGAUAGCGGCGGAGACAGGCGCGAGCAAGGCAUCGUAG